AUGGGAGGCAUUGCUUCCUGGAGAUGCACUAUUGAGAAGCUAGCGUACUCAGGUCUGUCCUUCAGUGCCCGGGACAAAGUGACAGGCACCAUCCUGAGUUUCACCCGCACUGAACCUUCCCUUCUACAGUACCCAUGUAAUGAUGGUGACCCUUGGGGACGCCCCAGUCCAGCUGUGUACCUGGGACAGGUGAUUUUCCUCAGCACAGAUGGAUUUGAAAGUAGCCUCCUGCCACUGACCAUCCCUUCUGAGCUAGAGACCCCAAAUGCCUCAGUCAGUGCCACGGCCUUUGUGAAGAAAGAUCGGUUAGCAAUGGUGAUAAAUGGACGGGUCUAUCUCUACAUCUUCGUGGCUGGGGAGGAGGAGUGGCUCCCAGUACAGGGGAUCGAUUCCUUGGUCACUGAGCUCUCGAACACCCACUGCUGCUACCCAGGGCAGGACCCAGACUGCCAGGCCAUCAGUAUGACUAUUUUUGCCUAUGAGACUGGGCAUUCAGCCUCCAAAAGCCACAUCUUCCUGUCAGAGGAUGGGGGCUACACGUUCACCCCUCUGAAGCUGAGCCCAGAAGUGCACGGGGUGCUGCUUGGUGUCUACAAUUUUGUGUCCCUCUCCCAGAUGGGGAUUCUCAUCAACCACACCCAAAGUGGUAGGGAAGGGAAAAGAGGAGGGGCCUAUUUCACAUACACUGGGGGCAACACGAGCAACAUGUACAGCCACAUCUCCAUGGGCUUCCACCUGAAGUCCACAGGGGGCCCAGAUGUCCGGAGUAUCCAGCACCCUCGCCUGUGGGGCUUCACCAUCCUCUGGACCAAAGACACACUGCUGAUCUCCUCCAAUAAUGGCUUGCUUGUGGAGCCAGUGACUGUGCAGCCGUCACAGGUGCCUCCCAGAACCUCCCAUUCUUUCCCUGGCAGCGGCCUCUGCCACGUGGUCACCAGCAACAGCGAGAUUGCAGUCCUGACCCAGGACCAUCAGCUCUUCCAUGGCAGCCUAGACAUGGUCUCCAGAACUAUGGUGCACAUUGGAGAGAACGGCCACCAGAAAGGCCUGUGCAAUGCGGUGCUGAUGUUCGACAAGGUAGGGAUGCUAACCGUGUUGAGCCCUGUACCUACCAAUAGUUCCUCGACCUAUAACUUCCAGAAAUGCACCUUCAAUGUGCAGUGGCUGCUCAUGGACAUUUGGCCAUUUCUGCAAGAGUGCCCAGUUGAGAUCCUCGAGGGCCAUUUCCACAACAAGAUCCAUUAUAUCGACAUGCAGCAGAAGCUGAACCUUAGUGCCAUGUUUGUGCCAAAGCCGGGCACUGGGGCUUUUCCAGUGGUGACUGUGAGCAACCCCCAUGUGCUAGCGUUCGAGGCAAAGAUAACAGAGGGUGGGUACACACAUGACAGGAACACCAAGUACAGCUUGCACAUGCAGCUGCUGCAGCAGUGUUUCUCUGGCAUGGCAGACCCUCAUUUCAGUGACACAUUCCCCUCUGGCGGGAUGUCUGUCCUUACUGUGGACAUCCCCAACAAAGGCGCCUGCUGCAUUGAUAUGCAUCCUUUGUCUGCACUUAUCAAAGUAGGUUGCCCACCUACUAAACAUAUUAAAGUUUUUAAAAACACAACAGCAUGCAGCAAAGGCUUGUUUAAUCAAGGCACACUGCAAGAUAACUUCACUUAUUCUAUCAGCCACAAUUUAUAUGAUCCAAAUUUUCUUGCCACACCACAGUUAGGUCAAAGUGAUCUUGAAGUUCUGUACGAGUAUAAUGAACUGGGGUGUCCUCUUCUGCUGUAUUAUGAUACUCCUUGGCUGCCAGUCCUUGAACUGUGGGAAAACAAUACAUUUGUGGAGUACGUUUCUGCUGACUUUGUUGUGUUUGAAGUCAAUGGAAUGUAUAAUUAUGAUUAUCUCUUGACAGCUGCUGAAGCCAAUUGUAUCUCUCAACCUCAGAAUUGGACUGCUUUGAUACAAAAGCAAGAUUCUCCAAAUCCACAUACUGCAUGGAGCAGAAUGAACUAUGAAAGCUGUAAGAAUCACGAUGGACCUAAAUUAGUAUCACCCUCAGCCAAAUAUCAAAUUCUUGCUCAAAAUAAAAAGAACAAGAUCACUUUUUCACACUAUAAUGGCUUUUAUAUCUUUAAAGUCAUUGUUGUAGACAAAUUAUACAGUUACUGUGAAUUGUCUGCAACUGUCAGUGUAUAUGUCACUGGCGCUCUCCCAAAGACUUUCUUACAUGCUUGGACAAUGCUGACAGCUUUUCUGACUAUCAUUCUGAUUGCAAUUUUGAUGGGAUACCUCUUACAUAAACUAUCACUUAUGAAAAAAUCCCCAAAAGUUAAAGUAUUUUGA